UCAAGAUGAUCCUGUUAUGGGUUACACUGCUUGUUCUUCAUCAAGGAUAUACCCUGGUUCCAGUGACCACAGUUCAGCUUGGUCAACCUGUGAACCUCUCAUGUGCUCUGCCUCAUACUGAGCUCACCCGCAGAGUGCUCUACUGGUACAAGCAGAGCGUCGGAGAUACUGUGAAAUUAAUUGUGACAGUGCGGGAAUCUAAGAAACCUGAGUAUGCACCAGAGUUUUCGGACUCAAGAGUUGUGGUGAACCAUGAAAUCAACUUCUUCAACCUGACCAUUAUGACGACAUUCCAAGAAGAUGAGGGAAUGUAUCACUGUGCAGUCAUGGAUUGGUUGACGAUUCCUAUUUGGAGUGGAACAUAUUUGUUACUAAAAGGAAGCACUCACAGGACAUCAGACUAUAUUGUUGAUCAGUGGCCGCCAGUAUAUGAACCAGAUUAUCUACAAGACCCGAUGCUUCUCCAGUGUUCAGUCUUCUCUGACUCUGACAACAAAACGUGUCCAGGAGAUCACAGUGUGUUCUGGUUCAGAGCCGCACUACAUGAAUUUCAUCCAGACAUCAUCUACACUGAUGGAAAUAGACAUCAUGAAUGUGAGAGGACAUCUGAACCUCAGAAGAGUUGUGUUUACCGCUUCUCCAAGAUGAUCAGCUCUUAUGACUUUGGGACUUACUACUGUGCUGUGGCCACAUGUGGACAGAUACUAUUUGGAGAUAUAUCAAAACUGCAAAUCGGACAUAAAGCAAGUUUUGAAUUUAUUGGGCUGGUGAUAGCAAGUGUCUGCUUGGUCAUCUCUAUAAUCGGAAAUAUUGUUUUCAUCUGUUACCUCAAGUCAAGAUCACCAUGUUCACAACUUAAAGGAAUAGAAAGCGCCACUUUGCAAGAAAGACAUGACAAUUCAAGCCAACCAGAACAAGAUACUAUUGAAGGCAGACCUGAUCAGAACUACGCUGCGCUGCAUUUCUCUGGAAACAAAGCUACAAGAGGAAGGAAGAAGAAAGAGUUGAAGACUGAAGAGAGUGUGUAUUCUCAGGUUAAAUGCUCUGUGUGAUUUGGUUUAUAGUACUGACCUCUUACAGUGUGAAUAGUUGGAUCAUCAUCAUUCAUGACAUUGAGACAGACAUGCUUCCCUUUUCUUUUUUAAAGCAAAAACACA